AGGAUGAGAAAACCUUUUUUUUCCUGCCACCUAUUUAUUUAUACUUUUUCCGUCACAUGCUCUUCUUGUUUGCAAUGUGAGCUGUCGACACUGACUGAGAGUACUAUGGGGAUUUAAAGGUGGAAAACGACCAAAAGAAAAAGGCGACUCCAUCUUUCUUAUUGCAUCUCCUCCGAGGCUUGAGAGGAUCAUGCAACACCUGAAGUCAUGGCAAGCUCUGCUCCUCUUUACUGUUCUGUGCCAACAGGCAACCUCAGACAAAUACGGCUGUCUGUUUGAGAGAAAACUGUGCAUGAGGGAUCAGUUCUGCUCAGAUGAUGGACUGUUUGGUCAGUGUCAUAGCUCGAAGCAGGACCAGGUCCAGUACCAGGUGUCCGUUUCUGUUCUAACGAGAAUGCAGGAGGUCCUCAAACAGCUGAUGAUUCAAGGACUUUCCUGGCAGGAUGACAUCACUCAGUAUAUUUUGUCCAAGGAGCUGAAGAGAGUUCCACACACCACUCAUCCUUCAAAGCGCGGCCCGCCUUCUUCUUUUUCUUCUCAGUCUAAACUACACAUCCCCCUCCACCACAGUCCUAAAUCAGGGUCUGCAUUUCCUGCUGACAACUAUGUGGACUACAUGAUUGUUGAACCUCCUCAGUCACCAAUGCGGAUGCAGACGGCCUCCAUGGACCCAUACACUUACCACCAGCAUCCGUACCAAGAUGAAGUGGAGAGGUCUCUGAUAGGGGGAGGAACUGGUUACACCCGCACCUCAUCACGUUCCCAGGCCAGUCAAAGAGAGCUAGAGCGUGACAGGCAGCUGUUGCAGGAAGCCUUGUCUCUUUAUCUGGCAUCUGCACAGCCCACUUAUCGCCACAAAGCACGAGCUUCCAUGGUUCCAGUGCGACCAGGUCUGCCUUAUGAGGACUUAGAAUUGGAGAUACCAGUGGACUACAUAGAAGACUACACCCUAGAGGAGAGACUUGGUACUACAGGCAGGCAACAAUCUCAGCAGAAUAAGAAAGUUUCCCAGGACCACAGCUCCCUACCUCAACUCAGCAGUGAGCAACAAUCUCAGCAGAAUAAGAAAGUUUCCCAGGACCACAGCUCCCUGCCUCAACUCAGCAAUGGCUUGCUGCAGAGGGUGCCAGCACUCUUGCAGAGGUAUGAAAUCGACCCCAGAGAUCUGAGCCAACAACAGCUGGCCCUCAUGCUGCAGCUGCUACAGGCUCAAGACAAAUCAGACCCUUUGGAGAAAGACCUCAUCAGUCUGAAGAAGUUCCAGCUGCUAAAACCCAGCAGUGCUUCCCACAAACUAGGGGCACCGCUCCCCGCUCCCAAUCCUCCUGAUGCCCCUCCGAUUCCUUCCUCUGCCUCAUUCCCAGUUACAACUGCAGCUAAGGGCUCCAUCCUCCCUCCUCCUGCAGUGCAGCCUCCACAGGCUGAACCUGCUCAAACAGGACUGGUCUCCAAGGAGCAGGACGUGCCAUUGAUUGAGGAUACAGGAGGAAAAGAGGAGUACGGCUACAUUGUCACCAACCAGAGCCCUUUGAGUUUGUAUGAUGGAGUAAAGCUGCUGGAGCUUUUGGCUGAUAAAAUCCACCUGACAACCAGCAGCUUCAUCAACAUCAGUGUGGUCGGUCCAGCGCUGACGUUCCGUGUCCGACAGAAUGAAAACAAUAUGACGGCUGCAGACGUGGCUGCCAAAGCUGUUUCAGAGAAGAACUUCCUGGAGUCUGAGACAGGACUGAAGAUUGCACAGACUGGUGUUGGAGAGAGGACAGAUGCACGGGGUCUCCCCCAGGUCACCAAGGUUUCCCAGAGUUCCAGUGGAACGGUCAUCACUCUUGUUUCCAUGGCAGUGGUCGGAGGACUGCUGGUAUUGGCUAUGGCUGUCGCUUGUAUGCGACAUUACUCUCAACAUGUGGCCAAUGGCAAGCUCGGUCUGGGGCCAGAGGGAGGAGCAGAAACUCAUUUUGACUACCAGGAACUCUGUCGGCAGCACAUGGCAUCCAAAUCUUCCCUGUGCCGUCAGGACUGUAUGGGUGGGGUUGGGGGCACCACAGCGGUGCCUACAGGAGGAGCUGGGGGUCGCAGGGGCACAGACACAUCACGGGUCAGCAGCGUUUCUUCCCAGUUCAGUGACGGCCCCCAGCACAGCCCAUCCUCCACCCACAGCUCUACCCCGUCCUGGAGUGAAGAGCCAGCACAGUCUAAUAUGGACAUUUCAACUGGUCACAUGAUCCUGGCGUAUAUGGAGGACCACCUGCGUAAUAAAGACCGCCUUCAGAAGGAGUGGGAGGCAUUGUGCUCCUAUCAAGCUGAGCCCAGCUCCGUGUCCGUGGCUCAGUCCUCAGUCAACAUAGACAAAAACAGACAUGCAGACUCUCUGCCGUAUGAUCACUCUCGUGUCAAACUCAAGACAGAGCUCAACCCCAGCAAGCAAGAUUACAUUAAUGCCAGCAUCAUUUUUGAUCACGAUCCUCGCCAACCAGCUUACAUCGCCACACAGGGGCCGCUGCCUCACACUGUCACUGAUUUCUGGCAGAUGGUCUGGGAGAACGGCUGCACAGUGAUCGUGAUGAUGACCGCGCUGGUGGAAGACGGAGAGAAACAGUGCGAGAGAUACUGGCCGGAUGAGGGCUCGUCACUAUAUCACAUCUACGAGGUGAACCUGGUGUCUGAGCACAUCUGGUGUAAGGAUUUCCUGGUGCGGAGUUUCUACGUGAAGAACAUCCAGACGCAGGAGACCAGAACUUUGACGCAGUUUCACCUGCUGAGCUGGCCAGCUGACGGCAUCCCCACCUCCACACGCCCGCUGCUCGACUUCCGCAGGAAGGUGAAUAAAUGUUACCGAGGUCGUUCCUGCCCAAUCAUCGUUCACUGCAGUGACGGCACUAGCCGGAGCGGCACGUACAUCCUGAUCGAUAUGGUGCUGAAUCGUAUGGCCAAGGGAGUGAAGGAGAUUGACAUUGCAGCCACACUGGAGCACAUCAGAGAUCAGAGACCUGGUCUGGUCCGCACCAAGGACCAGUUUGAGUUUGCACUCACAGCCGUAGCUGAGGAGGUGAAUGCCAUCCUAAAAGCUCUGCCACAGUGAGCCGAAGGACUCGUGGACACACUCUGAGACAGCCACACCCUGAUCAGGACAUUUCCAUUAAACAGAACUGUUUGUGUUCCUCUUUUCAGCAUGCAGUACCUUUCCAUCAACACAAUAUGUCCAGUUAGGAUAUUUUGAAUAUUUCAAUUUUAGGAAAAAUCAUUUUAAGGCAUACUGUAC